GACCAGAGGCCAGGAAACUAGCGAGGGAUGAAGGACGGGAUACAUGCCCAAGAAAAAGUGGCAUUUUAGUAUUUACACAUCACCUCACGCCACUAACGACCACGAAGCAAGACAACGACCACACUUCCAACCUCAGGCAGCCGCUAACCAGAUCUCUCAACUCCACCCAAUGCUUUGCGUCAUCAUUUAGGCCUGCCUGUCCAAUCCAUUCUCUCGGUCUUCUUCUGCUCAGGUCUCGCGACUGCAUUCGAUUUGUCGAGCCUGAGCCAAUAUGGUGGCGCCCGUGUAACUCUGUCCGUACUAAGAAAGGGACCGCGGCCGUCGCGCGGGCCCAGCCAGGGUCAGAAGUCAUCAUGCUGAGAGCAGCGUGGAGGGCGCUGAGUUCGGUUCGGACACAGGCAGUGACCCCGGUCCCAGUACUUAGGUUGCCAAACAGAGGGAGAGCCAGGCUUCCCUCCGACCAAUGGGGCCUCCACCCUCGAGGUCUCCUUCUCCAGGCCGCCCGCGGAUUUGCCUCCCAGAAACCAGUCCAGCCCAGCCAAGAAGAUGACCCACCCCUUUCCACGUUGCUCAAAGACUACCAGAAUGUCCCUGGAAUUGAGAAGGUUGAUGAUGUUGUGAAAAGACUCUUGUCUUUGGAAAUGGCUAACCAGAAGGAGAAGCUGAAGAUCAAGCAAGAGUGGUUGAUGAACAAGAUCGUGGCAAACCCUGAGGACACCAGCUCCCUAGAGGCUCGAAUUGUUGCCUUGACUGUCAAGAUCCGCAAUUAUGAAGAACACAUGCAGAAACAUCGAAAGGACAAAGCCCACAAGCGCUAUCUGCUCAUGAGCAUCGACCAGAGGAAGAAAAUGCUCAAAAACCUCCGUAAGACCAACUAUGAUGUUUUUGAGAAGACGUGCAAGGAGCUAGGGAUUGAAUACACCUUCCCCCCUCUUUACUACCGAAAGGCCCACCGCCGCUGGGUGACCAAGAAGGCGCUGUGCAUUCAGGUUUUCCAGGAGGCUCAAAAACUGAAGAAGCAAAAAAGGGCCUUGAAAGCUGCAGCAGCAGCAGCCCGGAAACAAAGCCAGAGGAGCCCAGAGGGGCCUUCCAAAGCCAGACCAGAGGCACUCAAAGAAAAUCAAUAAAUUCUGUGACAGUCA